AUGGCGACUGAGGACGAGGGCAAGAAAAGCUUACCGGAGCGCGUAAAGGACAAGAUGGAGAGUGCUGUGACUGAUCGGACGGUGAAAAAGCAAAAAGCACCCAAGCAACCCAAACCGCCAAAAGAACCCAAAAAUGUCAAGCCUCCAACUACCAAGCCAGCAAAAGCGCCAACGACUUCUACAGAGCCAUUAGAUCCGGAUGCCAUGUUUAAAGAAGGAUGGCUCAAAGGUGUCUAUGCCGAAAGACCCGCAGAGCAUGUCUUUACUCGUUUUCCACCAGAGCCAAAUGGCUAUCUACAUAUCGGUCAUAGUAAGGCUAUCACGGUGAACUUUGGAUUUGCUCGCUACCACGGAGGGGAUUGCUAUCUACGCUUUGAUGACACGAACCCUGAAGCAGAGGACGAAAAGUUUUUUGUUGCUAUUCAGGAAAUGGUUGCAUGGCUGGGCUUCAAGCCGUACAAGAUCACUUACUCAAGCGACAACUUUGACAGACUCUAUGAGCUCGCAGAAAGGCUCAUCGAGUACGAUGGUGCCUAUGUCUGUCAUUGCACCGACGAAGAGAUAAAAUUGCAGAGAGGUGGGCCCAAUCAUGGACCUCGCUUUGCUUGUGCGCAUCGAGAGCGUCCCACAGAGGAGUCGCUGGCCGAGUUCCGAGCCAUGAGAGAUGGCAAGUACAAACCCCGCGAAGCUUUUCUGCGCAUGAAGCAGAACAUAGAAGAUGGUAACCCGCAGAUGUGGGAUCUUGCCGCAUAUCGAGUACUCGAUGCACCGCAUCACCGCACGGGAGUGAAAUGGAGGAUCUAUCCGACCUAUGAUUUCACUCACUGUUUAUGUGAUAGCUUCGAGGGCAUUACCCACUCAUUAUGCACUACUGAGUUCCUCCAGUCACGAGUGUCAUACGAAUGGCUGUGCGAUGCCGUUAAGGUCUACAAACCCAUGCAGCGUGAAUAUGGCCGCCUGAAUGUCACUGGCACUGUCAUGUCCAAGCGAAAAAUUGCAAAGCUUGUGGAACUUGGUGUCGUUCGAGGCUGGGACGAUCCUCGAUUGUACACGCUUGUUGCGCUGCGACGUCGAGGAAUCCCUCCGGGCGCGAUCCUUUCCUUUAUAAACGAGCUCGGCGUCUCCACAGCACUUACCAAUAUUCAGAUCGUCAGAUUCGAGCAGUCAGUCAGAAAGUAUCUGGAGCUCACAGUCCCUCGACUCAUGCUCGUGCUGGAUCCAGUGCCGGUCGUCAUCGACAAUCUGCCCGAUGACUAUGUGGAGGAAGUAGAACUGCCCUUUGCACCAAAAGAUCCAGCAAUGGGCAGUCAUAUGGUCCCUUUCACUAAGACAGUUUACAUUGAUCGAAGUGACUUCCGUGAGGUGGAAAGCAAAGACUUCUUCCGAAUGGCUCCUGGGAAGUCAGUUGGCUUGUUGAAAGUACCCUACCCUGUGAAGGCAACGUCAUUCAAGAAGGACGAAACCUCUGGCCGUGUUACCGAAAUACAUGCAGAGUACGAAAAGCCCCCUGAAGGAGAAUCUUUCAAGAAGCCGAAAACAUACAUACAAUGGGUGGGUAAGUCACAGCAGCAUGGCUCGCCAGUCGUGGCCGAGGCACGAAUGUUCAAUCCUCUCUUCAAAUCAGAGAAUCCAGAUGCUGCAGGCGGUGGUUAUCUCAACGAUAUCAGAGAUGACAGUGAAGAGAUCUACCCGACUGCCAUGAUCGAAACAGGUCUUACAGAAAUUAGGCGGAGAGCGCCCUGGCCAGAAGAGGCUGGUGAGCAGCACAUGGAAAAGGGCGAAUUGACAAGCGAGCACGGUAAGGAUUCAAGGGUGCCAGGACUUGAGACGGUCAGAUUUCAGGGUCUGAGGGUGGCUUACUUUUGCUUGGACAAGGACACCACUACUGACAAAGUUGUACUCAAUCGAAUUGUCAGUCUGAAAGAAGAUGCUGGGAAAGCUGCAUAG